GACCGAUAUCAGUGUUAUAAACUUGUUCUUUGCUACAAAGCUUCACAACGAAGUUGUAUGUGGAAUAUUUUUUAUAUAUAUAUAUAUGUAUAUAAAAUAACAAAGAACAAAGUAAGAGACAGUGAAGUGGGACCCACAUGGUGCGCCACAGCAACCAUCAGCUGAUGCCGCCGGAGCGGAGAAGCGUACUGGCAGCACCAGUGAGUCCCAGCAGCACGUGAAGGCGCAGUUUAGCGUUGCUCGUGGCAGGGGAGAGACGCGUUCGUCCCCGGUGUCCUUGCGUGUGUCCUCUAGCUGUGUGGUUAUUUUUGAUAAUUAUUUGACUUGUGCAUUACUGGUGAUCACAAUGGCGAGUUUAACUCUUGAAGAGGACCUUAAUGCGGCAGCGUGCUUGGUAGCUAUGAAGGGUGGGGGUAGGGUAAGUCCGUGGGCGGCUCCCGACACCCACAGUCAGCGCCCACGUCUUCAUGUAAAAACUAAUCUGCCGUUGCAGCGAACGUACCACGACCCACCACCCACACAUACACCCGCCCCAAGCCCUGAACACUCCCCAUCAGUGGAAUACACUCACCCACCUCCACUGUCUCCUGCCCACCAUAUGUACCAGCCACCUACGCCGCCUACGCCCCCCUCUCCGCCGACGCCCACUCUGGAGGACCACUCGUACUGUCCUCCUUCAGAAACGGACCAGAGUGUGUACCUGAUCGCAAGCAUUCUCGCAGACUUGAAGCGCGUGCAGCAAGUGCGGGAGGAGCCCCAGCCCCCCUCCAAUGAGCCGGAGGUGCAGGAAGCGCCCUUGGACUACAGUAAAAGGGUCGAAUCAGAGGCGCCAGGAAGAGAGGAAGAUUCUACCCCAAACCCGCGCAGUGUUGGUGGGCGGCGUGGGCGUGGCCGCUCCAGCCACUUCAAACCAGAGGACAAACGCGCCCACCCUUGCACCUUUCCCGGCUGUGAUAAAAUCUACGGCAAAUCAUCACAUCUGAAAGCACACCUGAGGACACACACAGGAGAGCGGCCCUUCGAGUGUUCAUGGCAGAGCUGCAGAAAAAGGUUUGCCCGGAGCGACGAGUUGGCGCGCCACACCAGGACUCACACGGGCGAGAAGAAUUUCGUGUGUCCUGUCUGUCAAAAACGAUUCAUGCGCUCAGAUCACCUUAGUAAGCAUGCGAGACGGCACCCAGAUUUUGACCCUACCCUCUUGCGGCAGCGACGCCAGGCAGCCCUGGUCAUCACUGCUUCAGACAGUGAAGAAAUGGGCUCACCUUGAGGUUUACGUGACUUAGGAUGCCUGUUGAAGCUGCCGCCGCCCCUGUGCCGUGAGCAGACCUGUUGCUGCACAGUACAAAAUGCUUGUUUCCAGUAGUGAGCCAGGGCUGUGAGGCACAAGAGUGGCUCAGUGACUCACUGUGGAGCAAGGCAAGAAUAGAAGCAAGUGUUGCAACACUUGUAUCUCAUCACAUUCUAAAGUUAUGGUUUCACAUUUUCACUUGUAAAUAGAAUUUAUCUUGAGAAAUAGCUAGGCUCUACCUACUCAGGUGUGUGAGGCAUACCACACAAAACCUCUUUGCUCAGCGUUCUGUAAUGAAGUGCAACAUACCUUACCAGUGACCAGCUCACCUCUCAUCAUCUGCUCAAAGCUGAUGUCUUGUACCUAUACUUGGUGUGAUUGGUCCUUGAUGCCUGUUUUGAUAUACAUACUUGGAUGUAUUUUUUAACUCCUUUUACCAUUGUAAGGCACUGGUGUUUGAAACUCAGUAAUUAUACAUGUAAUAGUACAUAUGGUUGUAAAAUUGCACAACACCCAAAAGCACCUGUGUUCCCUGAAAUCCAGACAGCUCUACAGAGUAGCACAAAGCCAGGGCAGUCUGUUCUCUCCUCGCUUGCCUGACUGUGUUGCUCACUAGAUCCACACAGUAUCUGGUCAAUGAGGCUAUCAUAUAUUUCUAUGUACAAUACUGUGUGCAUGAGAGAGAGAGAGAGAGAGAGAGAGAGAGAGAGAGAGAGAGAGAGAGAGAGAGAGAGAGAGGGCUCUGAUGCCACCCCUAUUAUAUUUGAGUGGUUUCCAAUUUUUGUUUGUGAUGUUCUGUCAGUAUUGCGAACACUGAAGCAAGAAACUUACCCCUUUAAUUUAUCUUGCCCCACUUUCCUUUUGUAUCAUUUAGGAUUUUCACUUAUUUCUUUUUGCAUUGUCAAUCUGCUUUCAGAUUAGAAAAGACAUGAGCUGCUUCAUUACAUUGUUUUGAGCAUUGUUGUUAUUACUUUAGAUGGUGCUAAAAAGUGCCUUAGAAGGUUGAGCACCAGUGUUGUUGCAUUAGUAUGCAUGUGCUCAGCCUGGCGGGAUCUCCACCAGCCAUACCCUCUUGUUCUCCCACAUGUUUGUUAAUGUAGGGUCAUCUCAGUAUGUGCAUAAUUGCCAAGGAAUUAUAUGUUUAAUAUUAGGCAUUAUUUAUAUAUCUAUAUACUGUAUACUGUACUGUACUUCAUGUAUUGCACACUCAACAAUAUUUUGCAUACCUCUUGCAUUCCUUUCAAGGGAUGUUAUUUUGCAGCUGUUGAUUGGAAUGCAAAUUAAGUUUUAAGCAGAAUUAAGGAAUCAGUGUAUCAUUGAACUCUAGUAGUAGUAAAGUCAGUAACUGUGAAGCCUCAGCCUAAUGACACAAACCACCCACCAUAUACUGCCCAACAUUGAAAGACACUCACCUCUUUGUAAUCAGGGCUAUAAUUUUGUAAUUAAACUUUCCAAGCAUUAGAAAGCAUGUGUGAAUGUACUGGUACCUAUAUGAAAGGUGUAUGUGUCUGGUAGAUAGCUAUUAGGAGGAGUCACAUUGAGCACAACCCCACUUGUACCAUGCAUCUAGUCGCUCUAGCUGCAACACACCAGAAGCAGGAGUUAGUGCAAGGCAGGGGAAGAAGGGAGGGGGUUGAAAAUGAAAAAAAAAGAAAAAAAAAAUUAUGUAGGAUAUUCACAUUAUAUUUUCUGACCAAACAAGAAAACCUCAGUUGUAGUGCCAUAUGAUAAAGGUAGGAGAGAAUGUUUGAUUUUCUUGAAACCAUUCAGCUUAUUUGACUUUUUACUUUAUUGUGGAGCACAAGGAUAUUCAGCUGGGUGUUCAAUAAAAUUACAGAGAAAAUCUUAAUUUCAUUUCUGAUGUAAAAUUUAAUUUGUGGAGUUGAACAAUAUUGUUUAAGUACCUUUUGCUGGGUGCCAAAUGUGGAUAAGUGAACCAGUGUUGGUAUAGGUUUGGUAUUUAUAUGACAGUACUUAUUUGAUGUACUUAAAAGUAUAUAAUUACGUCUUGCUCAGUCAGCUUACUUAAAGGGGGAGGGAGAAUCAUGAUGAAUGGGAAACAUAUCAGUAGUAGAUGACAUGUAAAUUGUGUGCCUGAGUGUUUGCAGUUUCUAUCUAUUGGACCUACUGCCUCAUGGUUAGGCUGACACUUCAUGAUCAUGACCAAGUUAUUCUUUUCUCUGUACAAAAGACAUUAUAGUGAUUAUUAAUGAAUGUGCAUAAAUACAAAAUAUUUAUAAUCAUAGCUCACUUGUCAUACUGCUCCUGGGGCAUAGGGCCGCCAGUACACUUCAGCUCAUGUUGUUACAGUGUCAUGCUGUAGAAAUUUAACACAAAGUUAUUGCACUAUUCAAGCUAUGUGAUAUUGUAGGCUAAGUUUCAAGAAACACUAAUAAUGGUAUCCAUAGAGCACACCUAGAAUAAACCUUUACAAAUACUGUGAUGACAAAGCUGAGUGUUCUUAGUGGUCCAGGACCUGGCUGGACAUUUCCUUAGGCCACUUGCUAUAUUCACAUAUUUCUACCAUAAAAAUAAGAGUCAACAACUGUUCUUUACCUUACCUGAAGUGGCCAAGAGAGAUGCCAGGGAGGCUGUGAGCACACCAGGUGGUUUUGACUUCCACCUGUCACAGUGUUAUCCUCUCAUGUCUUUCACAAACCAACUCAUCAUGAGCAAAUAUUUUUUGGAGGAUGCUCUGUAUCAUCAAACUAAAAGUGGUUUGUUUCAUAAUACUGAAAACCAUGUUGAAAAGUUGUGUAAAUAAAAAUAUAUAAGAUAA